CCACAGGUACCGGAGAAAGAGCUGUACUGACGGCCAGCAGCACCGGGGACAGGAAGUCACGUCAGAACCAGCAGAAUGGAUGCUGUCAGUGUGAAGGGAACUCCGUCAACAUGUGAGGAGAACGUCCCGGCAGCUCUGCCUGUGCAGCUGGAGCUGGUCAGAGGUCCUGAGCGUCUUCCUGCAGACGACCAGUUAAAGGAAAUGUUGAGAGGGAAACUGCGUGUUCUGCAGGUCGACAGCACCAAGGUCAACGCUCUCUUCAUGGAGCUGUCUGCUCACGUCAUCUCCAUCAACAGUGAAGAAAAAGUUAUUUAUGUAAGAUUCAAAACAUUUGAGGAGAUAUGGAAGUUCACCACAUAUUACACUACAGGUUUCCUGGGUCAGUGUAUGGAGAGUUUGUUGUUGGACCAGACGUUCUGGCUCAGUUCUUUAGAGGACGACGUUGCUAUUGAAGUUUCCAUUCAGGAGGAAACGCUCAACCUUAUCUACAAACGCAUCCUCAUGCAGGAGGGUUCGUUGUUUGCUAGUUGCAGUGCCAACCAGAUGUUUGACAGCUCCAUCUCUGGUGGAGACCUGUACCUGGAGCAGGGAGACAUAGCCCAGUUUGAGCCUCCCUUCAUGGGCUCAGGUUGGACUGUUCUCUGCCUAGCUGAUGGAGCCCGGGGCACUGCACCCAAACCUGCUCUGGAGCCAGUCAUUCCUUUUCAUCAGUGGUUUCUCAAAUCCUGUUCUGAGAGCAUUUUAGUUGGAGAUGGCAAACCUGCCUGUGACUUCCCUCUGCAGUUUGCCAGGGGCACCUGUGUGGCCACAGAGGAGUAUGAUGCUGAGGGCCCAGAUGAGCUGAGCAUGGAACUAGGUGAUCGCAUCAUCAUUGUGGGACUCCUGGUGUCUUGUUUUGAUUGGUUCACAGGGAGAAAGGAGGCGACAGGAGAAGUGGGUCUGGUCAAGACGAGCCUAGUGAAACCGUCCACUGACAUUUGCGACUCAGCAGAUAUUUUUUUGGAGAAAGAGGACGGGACGUUCUUCAGUCUGCAGGAGGACAGAGUCAUAGAGGAGACGACGGCUUUACUGAAGAAGAGAUCUCAAGAAGACACUGGUCACAACUACAAACUGGAUGUUAUCAGUUGCCAAGACUCUGAGAAGAAACCAUUAAUCAGCUGUUUGAGUGAAGCUGAGACUCAGCAGACUGAGCUGAAGAUGAACAUUCAGAGGCUUCUGGAUCAGGGAAAAGACUCAGCACCAGAUCUCACUGUGACUAUGAAACGGUCUUUGGAGGACUCGGUUCCGUCUACAGAGGCUGAAGACCCGAGCCCCCCCCGUUUCACCGUUCACCCGAUUGUAGAAGGAAACAACAACACUGAAAGCUUCAUUCCCCUCUUCUCUUUUCUGGAGGGACAGCUCUACAAAGCAGAGUUUGGCGUCCUGUACGGUCUCAACUCUGAACUCCUCACCUCCUCCACCUUCUCUGGUCACUCUGACGAGGAUCAGCUGAUCGCUUUCCUUGCUGUUGCCAGGGAAACAGCCAGGAAGAAGCGACUCUUCUGGUCACAGACUCGUUUGUGCUUCCUGUUGGGUAAGCUCUGCGCCGGGAGGUCAAAGUUCAGCCAGGCUCGGGUUUACUUUGAGGAAGCCCUCAGCGUUCCACGAGAGGGCUUCAGGGACCUCAAGCUGUUGGCCAGCAUCUAUUCCAACCUGGCCGCCAUUUACCUGCUGCAGAAAAACACAGACAACUUCUUUGCUGUGACUCAACGACUCGUUGCCUUGAUCCUGGGAAUCCCAGACUGCCUGCAGAGCUUAGAGGACAAUUCUGCUCUUAAAUACAUCCUCAAGAAAGCUGUGCUCUCCCACAACAGAAGGGCAGAGGCCCGGGCUUGUUACCUGUUGGCAAAGCACCACUGGACCCACGCCGAUGGGGCUCAAGCUGUCCCCUAUCUUGAGAGACUACUUGUUCUUUGUGCUGAAGCUCAAAGAACAUGGAGCAUCUCUCUGAGUCAUGGAUACCUCAGCCUGGGGAAGCUCUACAGUCAACUCUGCCUCCCCCACCUCAGCGUCAGUUCAGCAAGGAGAGCUUCUCUGCAGCCGUCUGCACAGCUGAGCGACUGUCUUCACAGCAUGGGUCUGGUUCUGGACAAUGUGCACAAACUGAAUGGGAUCACGGAGCAAGAUGUCUCUGUCCCGCCUCAAGUGGCGCCAUUUUUACACCAGGCCCUCUCAUUCACCAAGUUCCAGGGAGGAGGGAAGAACCAACACCACACUUUGUUCCAUCAGCUGACUGUGUGUCUCUGCCAGCUGUUUUAUAAGCACAGAAUGGUUGGCCACGCCAUCCACCAUAUGCAUCGCCUCAUCAACAACAGUCCACCUUUACAGCAAGUCCCCAUCUCUGUGCCAGAGAGAAACAGCGCCCUCAUCUGGCUGGCAUGGCUUCACAUCGACGACCAACAGCCUGGUGUGGCUCUGGACAUACUGGACUCGGUCCUGUCUUCAAUGCCAGAGCACUGCACAACCCCCCUGGAGGGUGUGGUGCUCAACAUGCGUGGUGUGGCACUCCGAUGUAUGGGCGACCUCCAGAGGGCGGCAGAGAGCUACCAGGCUGCCGUCGACAUCUGCCAAGAGUAUGAGGACCUGCCAAACUGGGCUGUAGCUCAGGCUAACCUCGGGCUGCUGUGUCUGAAGGCGGGAGCUAGAGGCCUGGCUCAGAGGCACCUGACGGAGGCUGUGCAGCUGUUCUCAGAGCUGGAUUCAGACGGUCACGAGGCGAACUUCAUCACAGUGCUGCUGAAGCUUGGGCAGCUCUACGUGACGCAGCAGCAGGUGCACUAUGGGAAAGGAUGCUACGAGUGGGCUCUGCUGCUGGCUAUCAACGCCAACCUGUUAGACUGUCAGCUGACUGCAACCAGAGACCUGUGCUGUCUGUACGGCAGUGAGAGUCCAGACCAGGCCCAGUGCAUCAUCUACAACCAGCACCAGGUCCAGCUGCUGAGACGCACCGGAGACAGAGCACAGGAGGGGGACGCACUGGAGGCCGUCAGCCAGCUCUACCUCACUCUGGGCACAGAGAGGGCGUACAGGGCAGCUCUGGACUACACCAAGAGCAGUCUGGGUAUUUUCAUCGAUCUGGGCUGCAGGGAGAAGGAGGCGUACGGCUGGCUGCAGGCCGGGAAGAUCUAUCACCUGCUGGGCCAGACUGAGCUGGUGGACCUUUAUGUUCAGGUAGCUCAGGACGUCGCUCUGAGCAUCGGAGACACCGGGUUCAUCCUGAAGCUGCUGGAAGCUGCAGGAGACAUUUUCUUCAACAGCUGCCAGGACAGAGACAAAGCCAUCACCUUCUACAGGGACCGAGCUCUGCCCAUCGCAGUGAAGAGCGGCAGCGUUCACACCAGGCUGAGGCUGUGUAAUAAACUGACUGAGGUGAUGCUCAGUCUCCAGCUGUACGGGGACGCUGUGGAGUUUGCUCAGACCGCUCUGGACAUCAGCAUCACUCAGGGUGAGUGUCUGAAUGAGCGGGUGGCCUACCACCGCCUGGCCUCUCUCUACCACCGCCUGGAGCAGUAUGAACUUGCUGAACACCAUUACCUGAAGACCCUGACCCUGUGUCCAGCACCUCUGCAGUUUGAUGAGGAGACACUGUACUACGUCAGGGUCUACCAGACACUGGGGGACAUCAUCUUCUACGACCUGAAGGACCCGUUCGAUGCUGCAGGCUACUACCACCUGGCUCUGGCUGCAGCCAUGGACCUGGGCAACAAGAGGUCUCAGCUGCAGCUGUGCACGCGCCUCGCCACCAUCUACCACAACUUCCUCAUCGACCGGGAUCUGUCACUCUUCUUCUACCAGAAGGCGAGAGGCUUCGCUGCAGAGCUGAACGUGAGGAGGAUUAAUAUCUCCCCAGAUCAGCUUCACAGAAGCAUCUCACAGGACAAGGCCACCGGAAAAUUUUCUAACUAACUUCUUGAUUGACGCACAAAGAAAAAAAAAAACCCCAGAAGAUGGAUGAGUGGAUGUGUUGUUUCUUUUUUUUUAAAAUCUUUUUCGCUUUUUUUCAGAAAAAUCAGAUUUAGAGAGAAUGCCUGCAUCAAGUUUACAGAGUCAACUGAUCACAAAGGAGUUCCUAUUUUUAAAGACCCUCUGUGGGGACGAUGAAGAUGAGGUUGCCACAGACUUGUUGUACUUUAUGCACAAGAUUCAACAUUAGUGUCCUUCAUUAAUUCACAUGAAAUAAAUCAAUAGGUAAAUGUCACAAUGGGCAAAAAAGAAGUGAAACCUUCAACUCAUCAUAUGUUAUUUAAAAACAGGUUCUCAAGAGUGAUGGAGAAGAUAUUUAAGGUUCAAGUUCUAAAUGAGUUUUUCAUUUUUUUAUCCUUUGAAAAACAACAAAAAGGAUAUGUCAGGUCACAUGUCAAAGUAAUGUAUAUUUAUAAUCCAGUACAUAUACAAAUAUCCAGCGCGUAUUGUUGUUUACCCAUCACCCAACCAAAGCUAAACAAGAGGGAGUUUAGAUUAGUUUCAGACCAACAUUCAUUAGUUUCCCAUCCAGCGUUGUUUAAAAUAAAACAACACCAGGCUGCACUACAACCACACACACCUCUACACAUCAGACUGGUCGGUUAUAACUCCAUAUAAUAAUAAUAAUAAUAAUAAUAAUAAUAAUAA